AUGGCAUCAGAGAAAUUUUUGGAGAGGUUUAAGAAUAAAGCAUCUACACUAGGAAGAACAGGUGAAAUUGAUACACGUGAAUCUGAAGCUGUUGCAAAGACACCUGAUUUUUUAGAACGACUUAACUCAACACUAUCAGUUUCUCCUUCUAAACAGCUGCCUAAACAGCAAAUUCAAGGAAUUAGUCAAUUGAAACUUCCGAAGUUAGAAAAUAGAGAAGUGAAUGGAAGUUCUAAAACUCCAAGGCCAAUUAUAAAGCCACCUUUGGAGUCAACUUCGAGAAUUUUAGCUCAUUUGCGUCUUGAAGAUAAUAUUAGCCCUCUGAGAAAGAGAACUCCUAAUAAAAGUGCAGAAAGACUACCUGAUGGUAGCUCCAAAAGCAUAGUAAACUUAAAAUCCAAAAUGGAUAAAAUGAAAAACGCAAUACAAUUGAGAGCUAAAUACGCUCAAUCUACAGAGAGAUCUCAUACAUUUAAAGAGAAGUUACUGCCUUCUAUUUAUAGAUAUCCAUCAGAAACUAGGAGAGGAGAUCAUUCAUUUUUGAAACCUUCGGUCUAUUCCUCUUUUGGUCAUGAGUAA